CCUCAAUCUCUGCAGCUUGAUGCAGCUUGUCGACCCGCACGAUAGGGCCCGGCCUUUGUUUGCUUUUUCUGGUCUGAUCGCUCCGCGAGACGACGGGAAACGGACGAGUGCGGCGCAACGCGGCAGUCGACCGAGGCCUGCUGAGUGCGGCAGCACAGCGCAUUUGUCGCCCGCGGGAGCACAGGACAAGGCGUUUCACCCCUUGUCGGUCGUUUUACAACUCCUCUCAACAACCGGCAACGAGCCAACAACGUUCGCGGAACCACAGAGCCACAGCCUCCCACACAAAAAAAGCUCUCCACAGCACCAGUCGCCGCCGCCGCCGCGACGACAGAACAACGAUGCUCUCCGUCCUCUCGGGAACAGCAAGACAGCCCUUCGCGCAGCCGCCGCGCCCGCCCGUCCAAGGCCACGCCUGGCACGUCGUGUCGGAACGAUUGGAAGUGCGAGCCUCGAAGGAGGAGGACAGCCGCGUGCUCUGCACGCUGCGAAGAGGUGAUUCGAUAGAGGUCGACCAGGCCUCGUCGUUGCCGGACGAGUCGCUCAGGCACGACUCGUCACCUAGAGCUAGACUAGCCAGAAAACAAUCAUUAGGACUCAAGGCGUUGCGCGUAUUGACGCCGACGCCGGGCUGGUGUUCAGCAAGCCAGUGCUGCGUCGGGCGAGCUCGAGAUGUAGGACAUGCGUGGAGAUAUGUUGUCGUGUGUCGGGAUGGGGCCUACGUGAGAAGAGGCUUGGAGUUAGCGUCCACCCAUGCCUUUACCUUACCGAAGGACGCCGUGUUUGAGGUGAGAGAGAGACGAGUCAAUGAACAAGGUCUAGCAAGGCUCCGGACGGACGACGGCUGGAUCUCGGAGGAUCUGAACCCGCUGAGCGGGCAGAGAGGACCGGUAGCGGAGCCCUUGCCUGUUGCUGCUCCAUUAACCUUUCGAGUUGUUUUGAGGGACGGCGCCGUCGUCCGAGAGACGGUGGAGCUGUCUUCGGCCAUCGUCUCGGUGAUCCCCUGUGGACGGACCGUCGAGGUCACUGCCAAGCAGUAUUCCGAUCAUCCCGCUUUACAUUGCGUACCUAGAUUGCGAGUGGAAGGUCCAGCAAGGGGCUGGAUCUCGCAACGACUCAAUAGGGAACCGCCGCGGGACCUCGAAGUUGUGGAACUCGUGGGCGUGUCGGAGCCGCGCGUCGCGCCGCCGCUGCCGCCACCGGCACCACCAGCACCGCCGCGGCGACCGCCACGGCCGGCGCUGACGGGCCCCGAGGUCGACCUGGCGGUGGGCAACGAGUCGUUGUGCGUCGUCUGUUUAACAGAUGCGCGGAAUGCCACCUUCGUCCACGGCGAGACGGGCCACAUCGCGUGCUGUUUGCUCUGUGCGCGGGCGCUGCAAGCUAGAGGUGAUUCGUGUCCGGUCUGCCGGUUGCCGGUGGACGUCGUCAUCCAGCACUUCUUCGCGUAAUUCGUAAGUUUGUUUUUAG